AUGCCAUCCAUCUCAGACAUUCAGGCAGCUGUCAUUAACACAAGCAGCGCGCGGUCGACCAGAGACGUGACUUUCGGGACCUGGACCCUCUUGAAAACGAUGCCCAUUUUGGAACGCCGUCGACCAGGCCAGCGGCGGCCUGAAAGAAGAGUAGUGGACGACGACGACGAUGUCCCGGGAAGCGACCUCCCCGAAUACGAGACCCUCGCCUGUCCCCUCUCGGCGGAGGCUAAGCGUGCCAUCGCGGACCUCUCGAACAGCCGUGAUGUUCACCGCUAUCAGAACCACGUAAAGACCUCCAUACGACACCUUGGCUUCUCCGUCGUCGGCAUCAACGACGCCAUCCGUACCCGCCACGAGACCCUGAAGCGUUUUGCCGAGAAGCGUGCCGAGUCCAACGAUCUCGAAAGCCAGGAGAAGUCACAGCGCGAGCUCGACGUUGAAGCCCAUACCGCGGCCCUCGAAGAAGAGAUUCCACGUCUUACGGCCGAGGCUGAGGCCGCCCUUCGUGACCUCAUCGACAGGCAAAUCGAACUCGACGACGAGAAGGCCGCCUUGACGGAUACGGUGUCGUACUUCCAGGCCCUCCCCGAGCAAGCGCCGCGACAGCGCAGACGUCCAUGUGCGGUAGCCAAUGCCGACGACUCAAAUGCAGAGGAGGAUGGCGAUGCCGUGGACGACCUGCUCCCGCCGCCGGACCAGUCCGUCAUCGACAUUCUCCGCCAGAACCGCGCAGACAAGGCCCGCGAAUACCAGCGCCAAAGCGCAUACCAACGCUAUGCGCUAAACAAUGACUACGCUGCCUUCAAGAAGCUCUGGCACGAUGCCGUGCACGGCGACACGGAGAUGCCUCUACCUAACGCCAAGCACUGGUUCGACAACGCCGGGAACCCCGUCAUGCCAAUGCGCCGCAGCCCCGCGAAUACUGGGGAUGAACCCGGUGCUCAAGCGGCCGACCAGAGCGACGAGGACAUAGUUAUCGCUGGCGAGGUCAGGGAUUAUAGGUGCCCGCUAUCGAUGCAGCUGUUUGAGAACCCGGUCAGCAACAACGAACUGGGUCUCGACGACCUGUAUGAUGACCCGGUGAUUCUGCGCAAGAUGAAGCGUGCCCUGGAAGAACAGCGACGCCUCGACGAGGAAGCGGCCGAGGAGAGCAGCUCCGACGUCGAAGAUGAGGACGAACCUCGCCCGGUCAAGCGUGAGGCUCGCUCCAAGAGUCACAAGCGCAAGGUUGAAGAGAUUGACGACGAGUGA